AUGGGCGACGUUGUUACGACUGAGUCGCACCCCGGAUUUGACCUCGAUCUGAGCGCGCCCUGUCUGGUGCAGCUCGAGGGUCAGGAGGAACCUAUGAUCAUGACAGAACUUGAGAAGAUCCAAGCGAAGGCUCAUGGUAUUAGGUUCUUUGACGUAACCGACACCCCCGAACUCGGAACUCGCGCACACCUCAGGGUUGCCAACAAACCCUCCUACCCUGCGCCUAACAACACCCAAACGGUGAAGUCUGUCAUCGAGUCAUUGAAGAUCCAGAAUCUCCAGGAUAUACUCGCCAAGUUCACGAGCUUCCGCACACGCCACUAUCGUAGUCAGACGGGGAAGGAGAGUCAGCGAUGGCUGUUGAGAAAAAUCACCGAACUUACAGAGGAGUACGCUCCAGAGGCCUUGCAAGAGAGCAUUUCUAUUCGCGAGUUCGACCACAGUUGGCAGCAGAGCAGCAUUAUUGUUGGCAUCAACGGCACUUCUGCGGACGAUGAUGGUGUCGUCAUCCUCGGCGCACACUUGGACAGUACCAAUGACUCGCCGUUCCUGCCUGCCCCCGGUGCUGACGACGACGGCUCUGGGACAACCAGUAUCUUGGAAGCCUAUCGCGCUUUGAUUGAGGCAGGAUUCCGGCCGGAGCGCACCGUCGAAUUCCAUUGGUAUUCUGCCGAGGAAGGAGGGCUCCUCGGAUCUCAAGCGGUGGUGAAGUCCUACGAGAGUCGCGGCGUCAACGUGAUUGCCAUGAGUCAGUAUGACAUGACUGCAUGGGUCAAGCGCGGCACCAAGGAGGAGGUUGGAAUUGUCACUGAUUACACUGAUCCAGACUUGACUGAGUUCAACAAGAAACUCGUGGAACAGUACCUCUCUGUCCCCUGGGUAGAGACUAAGUGCGGUCACGCAUGCAGCGACCAUGCCUCGUGGAACAAGGCUGGAUACCCUAGCGUGUUCACGAUAGAGUCCGCAUACGAGAACGUGAAUGUUCAGUAUGUCCAUACCCAGAACGACACAUACGACAUCUCAGAUGAGUUCAGCUUCGAGCACAUGCUCGAGUUCUCCAAGCUCGCUGUUGGCUUUGCUAUCGAGCUCGGAGGGUGGAAGAAGUCUUCAUGACACGCGACUUCGUAGCAGGUCUGUUCCAUCUAGCGCUCUUGCAUGUGCACCGUACGCACACCUCCCCAAGGACGCGUGCCGUUGCCAACGGUGGAAGGCGAAGACCAAGUCGCCCCUGAUUUUCCGUGAUCACAGCCUAGUUGCGUCCAGUUUUCUCUCCACGUGCCUAACCUUCUGG